GGCGGGGCUUGUCCCAGCAGCCAACGUGCCACGAGCCGAUCGUAACCACUCGCUCCAUGCAUCUUUCGCAAUAGAGUUAUCUUACACAGUUGUCUGCCGUUACCCAGUGAAAGAAGCUCUCGCAUUAAACUAGGGGACAGCGUCUGAACUCGAAUAGAAGAGACAGUGAAAGACAUGGCACCAAAAUACAAAUUAUUUUACUUUCCAAUCAGAGUUAUUGCUGAGCCAAUUCGAUUCAUUUUGGCAUAUGUUGGUGCUGAAUAUGAAGAUAUUAGAGUUGAAUCGGCUGACUGGCCAAGUCUUAAACCAGAUACACCGUAUGGAACAUUACCUGUCCUUGAAGUUGAUGGAAAGAAACUUGGUCAGUCCAUUCCCAUAUGUCGCUACCUAGCAAAGCAAUAUGGAUUACUGGCUGAAAAUGACUGGGAUAAUGCACAAAUUGAUGCAGCAGUUGAUGCUAUCGAUGACUUGAGAUGGUCUAUAAAAGAUUUCUUCUUUGAAACAAAUGAAUCAAGAAAAAAGAAUCUGAAAGAAAAACUAAUUAAGGAAACAGUACCAUUUCACUAUGCAAAAUUAGAGGCAAUGGUGAAAAAUAAUGGUGGUUAUCUUGCAGGUGGUAAGUUGACUUGGGGUGAUCUGUACUUCACAACUAUGCAAGAACUUUUCGAUCAUGAUCUUGAAUUUGAAAUAACCAGAGACUAUCCACACCUUGCAACACUAAGGAACAAAGUUGUGAACAUACCAUCAAUUAAAUCAUGGAUUGAGAAACGACCAAAAACAGAUCGAUGAGGCAUAUUUUGAUGAUGUAUACUUUCAUGUGAUACAGGAAUAUUUGUACUUAUGUGUGAAAACUUACUGACAGAUAUUAAUUAUAACUUUAUGAGGCUUAAACCACAAGAAGUUUUACUAUUCCUAUGUUUUAUACCACAAAACAUAUGGUAAUGGCUUUGUAAUGAAAGAGACAUAUAAAAUUUUGUUAUUAUGUCAUGUAGUCAAAGUAAUUCAAUAAACUGCACACUAAGUCUCAA